UAUUAUAUGCCUUCUUCUAUAUGGCUGUCUCUAUUAUGUCAAGCCACUUUUCUCCUUCUCCUUCCCCUGUAAAAUAACUUGGUUUGAUCAAAUAUCAAUUCCCAACAAGUUCAGUUUUAAAGUUGCUGGCAAACAUAAACAUCAUGGGUGAUGGUCCUCGAGGAAUAGAGGUGUUUGAAGAUCAUUUUCAAGCUUCAACAUCUGGUGAAGACCCCAUGCAUAGCCCAGAUUUAUCUAAAUAUAUUGGAAGUAAUGAUUCUUUAAGAUCCAUUAGUAGAUCGUGGACUAGAAGAAAAUUGAAAGGGGCUGCUUCAAUUUUGAAUAUGUUUAGCCUCAACAAGCUACCUUGGAUGUCUGGCACAGAUGGUCAAGAAAAGGUAGUCUUAACUGCUGCAGAAGUAGAAUCUCUUCGAUCAGAACUCGGUGCUUUGGAAGAAAGAGAAGCUCAUUGCAAAGCUCAAUUAGAACACAUUGAUGAAGUCGUACGGGCUGCACGACUUUCGGGGUAUUUGGACAUGAGAAUGAGAUGGGCAACUUUACCUGGAGAACCUCUUCCGGUCGAUGACACUGAUGUUGAUGAUUGGCUGCCUAGAUUUUUUGUUCUUCAGGGAUCGUGUAUCUUCUGGUAUUCGUCAUGCACAGAUCUAAGCCCCCAAGAUUCAACCCUUCUAUCUGAUGUAGUUGAAGUUGGAACCUUACCUUGCCUGAUACGAGACAAUGAGGACAAACGAUAUUGCUUUUAUAUCUCAACUCGUUAUGGACUGAAAUAUGAAUGCUCUAGUAUUUCUAAGAUAAAGGUUGAUUCGUGGUUGGAAGCAUUACGGAGUGAUUGCAAGCUGCGAUCUGACUGAACAACUAUUAAUGAGUUGAUUAUGACUUGACAUGAUCUGCUAUUAUCAGCAACAACAUCACCAAGUAAGCCAGGAUUCGGAAGCAGAAACAUAUAGCCAGUGCAUUCUGUAGAUAGUCUAGCAUACAGUCAUUGUACAGCGUUGAGGUUAACAUUCGAUAAAAUUAGUUUCACAGAUGCUAGGGAUUGGGCUGAUCUUGUCAUCUACAACUUUAAUCUUGGUAUCUACAUAAUGAAGGAAAGCUUGUUGUGACUCUCUGUGGCAAGGCAUGUUUAGUACUUGUUGGAGAAAAAAUGAAUGAAAGAAACAUGUUCCAAAUGCAAAUAUAUGUUGCAAAUGAGAUAACCCUUUUAUGGCAAUUUCUUGAUUUCUUCA